AUGUCGUCGGUCCCGUCCUCGGCUGAGCUUGCUGCGGCGGCCGGCGUGCUGCAGGCCGCUCUGGACGCUGGAAUCGACCCGGCGAUCCACUUCGGAGGAUGGACCCGGCUCCAGCGUCGGGCUUUGGUGAUGGCUGUCGGGGCGUCGGAAGCCGCCUAUGCUGAUGCGAAGGCCGCGGCGACGCCGCCUGUGAAGAAGGCGCCCGCUCGGCCACCGGUGGACGUCGCCCCGGCCAAGGCGGUGUCGCCUGCGCCGUCCACGGUGACCCAGCCGGCGUCCGAGCCUAUGAGCCACCUGGACGCGGCCACCGGCGGUCAGUCGGCCGUCUUUGGAAAGUCGCCACCCCCGGCGACCUGGCGCGAAGUGGGGUUUCAGUCCAGGGAGCACGCCGAGGCGGCGGCGGCCAUGAACUACGUGUCGGCCCUGGCGUUCUAUGCUGCCAUGGGGCGGGGCGAGCUGCAGGUGGGGCCUGAGCCGCGGCCGCCCCCGCCCCGGCAACCGGCACAGGCUGCGUCGUCCUCUGGUGACCAGGCGGGCCCUCUCGCCGGCUACCUGGCGGAGGCCGACGCCAAGGCGGCCGAAGACAGGCGAAUGCGCGAGCUCCAGGAGCGCAUCGCCGGCGAACUUCGGCAGGAUGAGGCCGAUCGGGAAGCGGCGUCGGGGUCAGGGUCCAGACCGGCGCAGCCAAGGGCUCGCUUCCCUCAGCCGGCCACAACACCGGCGCCGGUCCAGGCGCGCUAUCCGCAUGCCAAUCGGGAGACCGGCGAGGGGUUCCCGGCACUCCCCCGCAAGCCGGCUCGCAACGCGUCGGCGGCUGUGGCGGCGGCUGCCGACAGAGAGUACAGGACGCUCGUCGAGGAGCGCAGGCAGCUGUGCUCGGCGGAGUGGCGCGCCCACAUCCGCGCGAUGGAGGCUCCCGGCGCUCAGUCCACCGAGCCCAUCGUCAACGGCGACCUCCAGCAGCUCGCCGGGCUCGCCGUCGCGAACCUGGCGCAGCUCGGGGACAUUGAGCACCAGGCGGCCACCGGCGAAGGACAGAUGAUGCCGCUCGCCGGCGAAGCGGCCUACUUCUUCGUGCGCUCCCUGCCGCCCGGCGUGAGAGGGAUGCGCGUCCCUGAGCGCCUGAACGGCGAGGUUUGGGUGGUGGGCUGGUGCGGCCGCCCCUGCCCCGCCGGCCGGGACUGCCUGUCGACCGUCGAGCGCUGCCUGCGGCCCAUCGUGGUUCGUCGUGGGGCCGGCGCUCAGCUCGGCGACCUGGCGGCCCACGAGCACCAUGAGUGCUCCGAGUGCCAUCGGGCCGGCCGGCGUGGUCGCGACUACUAG